AUGCACAAGCUUCAACUCGCUCUUGGUCUCCUCGCGAGCCGAGCGCUUGCCGGCCCUCUGUCGUCCCUACCGGUCAAGAUCGAGACUCGAUCCAAGCUGGACACGAAUCUUGCCAACAUCCAUCUCCGCUUCGCUGAGGAUGUGGAGGGAACCGUCACUUACACUUAUGGCCCGUGUUCGAGCGUGGAGCUAAGAGAUGCGCACCAUGAGGUUGGUCGCAGUACCAGCUCGGCGGAUUCGAGACUCGUCUGGGUGAUGCCCAGAGAAGUCUCGACCGGUGGCUGUGUCUCAGCCUGGGAUGCCAACGGUUCUCUCGUUGGCCGCAGCGAUGCUCAGAACUUUGAGCCCACGAAUAGGAGCCUGAAGAAGCGUGGCGAGGACAGCAUCGAGAUGACCAAUGCGACGGGUAUCGACACCUGGGGUCCAUGGUUCGACGGUGUCGCACUGCUUGAGAGUAAGAACCUGAGCACGGUGGAUGUGGAUGCGGCGAAGGGCAAGGAGAUUGCCAUUGUGGGUGCUGGUAUGGCUGGCCUGAUGACUUACUUGGUCCUCCACCAAUCCGGCUUUGAGAAUGUCAAAAUCAUCGAGGCUGCCCAGCGACUCGGCGGCCGAGUCCAUACUGAGUACCUCUCGGGCGGGCCGUUCGACUACUCUUACCAGGAGAUGGGUCCCAUGAGAUUCCCCAACACUCUGACGGUCGCUAAUGAGACAUACAACAUCACUGACCACCAAAUGGUCUAUCAACUGGCCGACGAGAUGAACAUGCUCAACGUCUACAGCAAGAACUGGAGUGUAGAUUUCAUUCCGUGGUACCAGUCCAGCAAGAACGGACUUUACUACCACAAUGGCAUCAAGCUUGACUCGGGGCUCCCUCCCACCGUCAGCCAAGUAUCUGAGAACUCGUCGCUGUCUGCAUCAGCUGAAAUGAACCCUUCCACCCAGGCGCUCUCGGACUCGAUUGACACCAUGAUCAACAACGACACUUUCCUGAUCGAGAUGGCUCUCAAUAUGCACAAGGCACACAAGGACUUUCUCGAGGGUGGCCCGACCAACGGCUUGGCAGGCGACGAAUGGUCGGAGUUUGCGUACUUGGUGAACUAUAUGAAAGCCAACCUGAACGAUACCGACAUUGUUGCCGGAGGCUCCUUCCAGACCUCGUUCUGGGAUUCGUUCUACGAGGGCAUGUACUUCGAGGCAUCGACAUGGAAGACCAUCGAUGGUGGCCUGAGCAGACUGCCUGCUUCGUUCCACCCCCUGGUCGACAACGUCACCACCAUGAACCGUGCCAUCGAGCGCGUCAACUGGUUGGAGGACACCCAGAAGGUCCAGCUCGAGUGGAAGGACAAGAGGAAGAACGGCAACUACGUGUGGAAGAACGAGACCUUUGACUAUACUGUGUUGGCGCUUCCGUUCUCCGUCAUCAAGGGCUGGCGCCUACCUUCGCUCCCCGCCACCAUCUCCAACGCUAUCGACGAGCUACCGUUCACAGCGGCAUGCAAGGUGGCGCUGGAGUUCGGCACACGUUUCUGGGAGCACUACGAGAACCCGAUCUAUGGUGGCUGCUCGACUAGCACCGACAUUCCCGGCAUCGGCAGUAUCUGCUACCCGUCGUACAACAUCAACGGCACAGGCCCCGCAUCCAUCAUCGGCUCGUACAUCUCUGGAAAUGACUGGGGCCAGUACUGGGUGUCUGCCACCGAGGAGGAGCAUGUGCAGUAUGUCCUAGACACCAUGAUUGAGAUCCACGGCGAGGUUGCCGCGGAGCAGUACACCGGGAACUACAACCGGCGAUGUUGGGCCCAGGACCCGUACACCAAGGGUUCUUGGGCCAGUCCCAAGAUUGGCCAGCAUGAGCUCUACAUUCCGGAGUACUUCAAGACCUACAACAACAUGAUCUUUGUUGGCGAGCAGACUUCCUACACCCACGCAUGGAUUGCGUCGGCGCUUGAGUCUGGCGUCCGCGGUGCCAUCCAGCUGAUGCUAGAACUCGGCUUAGUGGAUGAGGCAAAGGCUGCCAAUCAGAAGUGGAUGGCGAGAUGGAUCGAUGUUUAA